AUGCCCCUGGACGCCUGGGAGAGACGGGCGCAGCGGCGCCGGCGGCGCCAGACGCAGCCGAAGGGCCUGAGCCGGUUCCUGGCCUGCGACGGCCGCCCCUUCCAGCUCUGGGCGCUCGGCCUCUUCUGCACCGAGCGCCACCUGGCCCGGCGGCUCAGCCGCAACAACUACUACCCAUUCACGCAAGUGGAGCCCAACGUCUUCAUGCUCGAGUACUACCACGACACACUCUGGAAGGGGAUGCUGCUCUUCGCCGUGAGCCUCUUCUUCGUCAGCUUCAACAGCCAGGUGCGAGUGCAGAAUCAGGAGACCUGGGGCUUCCCCGCCUACGGCAUGGUCGUGGGCCUGUGGCUCGUGAUGUCCUCACUGCCUCGCCGCCGCCUGCAGCUGAACCACAGGCACGGCUUCUACCACUUCUCCAUCCAAGGCCACACUGUGUGUCAGGGGCCCAUGCACCUCAUCUACGUCCGCCUGGCGCUCAACUCAGACGCUCACGGAAGAUACUUCUAUCAGCUGGUUCUGUGUGGUUACAAGCUCGAACCGCUAGUGCUGGUGCAGCUAUCAGAGCGCUAUGAGCAAAUGGAGUACUUGGGCCGCUAUAUCGCCCAGAAGCUCAACAUCAACUAUUUUGACUGCCUGGCCUUGUCCUACCGGCACGUGGUCCGGCACUGGCCACACUGGACCAAGGACAGCCCUGGCCAACUUCAGCGCAGGAUCGGCAUUUACGGCAGCUCCCUGUCUGAAAUGGGCGUGGGAAGGCUGAAGGUGGACACGCAGCAGCACCUCUCCCCCUGCAGCCAGCAGCUGGGAAGAGACGCUCUUUCCCCUGCCCCCAUAUCUCAAAGUCGUGCCCUGGACCUGCUUCUCCGGCAAGGAGAAGCCCCCAAGUUCCAGCUCUCGGUGAAAGAGACCAGAGAGGUUCUCAAAGAUCGAGAAUGA